AAAGCAUAGCAACUUCCAACUAGCCCUAACAGAGCAACAAUUUAAAUAGUCAACUGAGGGAGCUGAAUAUUGAUCUGGUUCAGAAAUCUAGCAAAAGAGAAAAACUAUACUAAAAAAAAAUGGAUUCCUCUGGAGAAGUAGCAAUCAUUCUUUCAAGCGCUGUGUGUCUGUUCCUCUUUUUAGUUCUCAUCAAGAUCUUUCACAAGCUAUGGUGGAAACCAAUAAGCAUACAGAGGCUGAUGGCUUUGCAGGGCAUCAAAGGCCCUGCUUACAGACUUGUCCAUGGAAACACCAAAGAAAUCUUCAACAUGCAAAAUGAAGCCAUGGGCAAGCCCAAAGGUUUAUCACAUGACAUAUUUUCCAGAGUUCAACCUCAUUUUCACUCCUGGACCAAGUUAUAUGGGAAGAAUUUUCUUCAAUGGUAUGGUCUUCGACCUCAAUUGAUCAUCACGGAACCUGAGUUGUGCAAGGAGAUACUGAAUGACAAAGAUAGAGCUUAUCCGAAAAGCAAGCCCAAAAGCUUUGUGAAGCAGCUACUGGGAGAUGGACUUGUGACAACAACCAACGCUGAAAAAUGGGGAAAAUUGAGAAAGGUGGCCAACUAUGCUUUCCAUGGAGAGAGCUUAAAAAGUAUGACUCCGGCAACGAUAGCUAGUGCUGAGAUUAUGCUUGAAAGGUGGAAAAAUCAAGAUGGCAAAGAGAUUGAGAUGUUCGAAGAAUUUCGGUUGCUCACCUCAGAAGUGAUUUCCAGGACAGCAUUUGGCAGCAGCUACUUAGAAGGGGAGAAGAUUUUUGAGAUGCUGAUGAAGUUAUCCUUCUUAUCUUUCAAAAACAUUUUGAAACUCAGGAUUCCUGGUAUCAGUAAGUUUUAUAAAACAUGCGAUGAGAUCGAAUCAGAGAAUCUUGAGAAAGGAAUAUAUAACUCCAUAAUAGAGAUUGUUAAGAAAAGAGGAAAGAAGGCAAUGGCUGGAGAAGAAGAUGGCUUUGGGAGUGAUUUUCUUGGAUUACUUUUGAAGGCUCAUCAUGAUGCCAAUGACAACCAGAGGAUUUCUGUAGAUGACUUAGUUGAUGAGUGCAAGACAUUUUACUUGGCCGGACAAGAAACUUCUAGUAGUUUGCUUGCUUGGACUGUCUUUCUUUUGGCAAUCCAUACGGAUUGGCAAGAGGAAGCAAGAAAGGAGGUCCUAGAAAUAUUUGGAAAACAAAAUCCGAAUACGGAUGGCAUUGCCAGACUAAAAACAAUGACUAUGAUCAUCAAUGAGACUCUGAGGUUAUAUCCGCCUAUUGUUGUCCUUGAGAGGGAAGCUGAAAGGGAAGUUAGGCUGGGAAACCUCAUUAUCCCUGCUACUGUUGAACUCGUCAUUCCAUGUUUAGCAUUUCACCAUGAGCCUGGAUUCUGGGGACAAGACGUGCAUCUUUUCAAACCGGAGAGAUUCUCUGAAGGGGUUGCUAAAGCUACUAAGAAUAACAUAGCCACAUUCUUACCAUUUGGUAUGGGACCACGAAAUUGUGUGGGUUUGAACUUUGCAACCAAUGAAGUAAAGAUUGUUCUGUCAAUGAUUUUACAACGCUACUCUUUCACCCUCUCCCCGGACUAUGUCCACUCUCCCUUUCGGCUUCUUACAGUUCGCCCUCAACAUGGACUUCAAAUAAUGCUACACUCACUGUGAACUGAAAGAACCAGAAUUGCCCAUAAUCUUGGACUUGGUGUAUGGAUUACGUAAUGCCCUUGGACAUGGUUAGCUUGUUAUUUUAAAAGAUUGUAAUGUCUGCUGUGAAGUUUGUAAAAACUUAACCUCCUGUUCUGCUGCUUUGCUGCAUGUUUCUGGUAGAAUUUCCAUUGAUGAAAUAAAACGUUUUGGGAA